GGUGAUUCUGUUUCCUUGAGGCAGGGCUCAUUCAUCCUAUAAAAAGCCAGCUGGCUGCUGACUUCACAUCAGACCAGAGCAACUGGACACCCCAUUCUCUGUGUACCGGGUCCAGCCUCCUGUGAAGCAUGAGUUCCCAACAGCAGAAGCAGCCCUGUACCCCUCCCCCACAGCCUCAGCAGCAUCAGGUGAAACAGCCCUGCCAGCCUCCACCCCAAGAACCAUGUGUCCCCAAAACCAAGGAGCCAUGCCACACCAAGGUGCCAGAGCCCUGCCACCCCAAGGUUCCUGAGCCCUGCCACCCCAAGGUUCCUGAGCCAUGUCCCUCAACGGUCACUCCAGUGCCAGCUCAGCAGAAGACCAAGCAGAAGUAAUGGGAUCCACAGCCAACCAAGCCCUUGGAGAGCCAAUCACCGGAUGCUGAAUCUCCUCUCCCAUUCUGCUUCUGUGUCUCACUUACAAUUAGCAUGCUAUCACCCUGAGUCAUACCCUCCCUCUUUGCACCCUCUAUAAAAAUUUCCCUCACAUUCUCUGGAGGGCUCCGAGCCUCUGAAUGAUGCUAAGAGUCUCACUGGCUGAGCUACUCUUUUAACUGCUCAGGGCUCAUCUGAAGAGGGGAAUCAAGUGGAUCUUUCCUGCUCUGUCCCCAUUAAACCACUUUUAACUCCA